UCACUAAAAGAAACGGUAUAAGCCUUUAAAAAACCUUGUUUUCCACCUUCCAUGAACGCAAGUAAACUCGUAAAUCCGCAAUGGCGAGACUCUAGGUGAAAGUACGAAAGAGCGCAACAUUCGCAAGCAUUGAACAACGCGCAGAGCCUUUCGAAUCGCUACCACAUUGUUCCGGUGUUAAAUCUAGUCUAGGCGAACUCAUGCAGACGAUCAGUCGGUGCCGCCGUCACUAGUGUGCUUCUAUCCUUCAAAAAACGAGGAUUUAUCGCUUUGCAGUCGGUGCAAGCAAGUUUUACAUCGACGAGCGCUAGUCAAGGAAGGAAACGAGAAUGGAUCACUCACAGCACCAUGCAAUGAACCAUGACAUGAUGGACCACUCUCAGCACAUGGACCACUCAAAAAUGGACCAUUCUGGACACGGAGGACACGAAGGGCAUGAUAUGGGUGACAUGCAGCAUACAAUGUCUAUGUGGUUCCACUUUGGGUACGAGGAAACUGUUCUAUUUGACACAUGGAAGAUUAGUACGAUUGGUGGAUUGAUUGGAUCCAUGGUAGGCAUAUUUUUCAUGGCUGCUCUCUACGAGGGACUUAAAUAUUACAGAGAAUUUCUCUUUUGGAAAACUUAUAACGCUCUGCAAUACCGCGCUGUUUCCCUCCCAGCGGAUAAACGCGUCGUCGCUGAAGAUAAUCAAGUUGUACAGCCGACGAUGUGGAGCACAAUGCACGUCUUCCAAACACUUCUACAUAUGAUCCAAAUGGUUGUUUCCUACUUUUUGAUGCUCAUCUUUAUGACCUACAAUGUUUGGUUAUGUAUCGCCGUUGUCCUGGGCGCUGCAGUCGGCUACUUCCUCUUCGGCUGGAAAAAAUCCGUGAUUGUUGAUGUGACUGAGCAUUGCCAUUGAAAACUUUCGAUGGAUUUCAUCGUAUACUCUGCAAUUGACGCAUUUCAACAACAGCUAUACCAUUAAAUACAUAAAAUACAUAAAUGAAAGAAAACUAAACGUUUUUCUACGUAAUCAUUUAGUUUUCUUUGUGAAAACCAUAGAAAUAGUAAAGAUUAGUAUUGUCUUAAUUGUUGGCUAGGAUUUUAUACAUAUUUUUAUUGUAUUUGAACACUCAGCACGCCUCAAUAUCGAUAUUAAUUGAGAUUAUACAUUAUUCAAUUUACAAUUUACAAUUUAAGUUACCAAAAUUGUUUUUUUGUCUUUUGUUUAUAAAUAUUGAUUGUGAUGAUAUGAAUUAUGCGUACGUUCUUAUUGAGUGCUCAAAUUCUUUGUUUAUUAUUAAAACUAAUAGAAAAUGAUGUGUAAAUGAUGAAACCAGCUUAAAUUGUGCUUGUAUCAUGUUGAUCAUGAAGAAUGGCGGCAGGAGUCAACGCCAGUGAAUGACUACUCAUAGAAACGUUGAUAAUAAAUUUAUUUUUUGAAUAUA